AUGUCAGUUGAAAAAGCUGGGGCAACCCAUAUUGAAGAGUUUGAAGAUGCCAAAGCCAGUACCUCCCACCUUGAAGUAGGGACUGACUUGAAAAAGUCAGAGACCGAAUUGGGCUUGGAUGAAAUCGAAGAAGAACCAUAUUAUGUCGAUUUACCAGAAUCUUUGCAAGACUUGACUCAAGAUGAAUUGAAGGAAUUAGACAAGAAAACAAUCAGGAAGAUUGAUUUAAGGUUGAUGCCAAUGUUGAUCUUCAUUUAUAUUUUGAACUACAUUGAUCGUAACAAUAUUGCUAGUGCCAGAUUGGGGGGGUUGGAAAAAGAUUUGGGCUUGGUAGGUAAUCAAUACGAGAUUGUGAUUUCGGUGUUGUUUGUUGGUUACAUCUUGUUCCAAGUCCCUUCAAAUAUGUUGUUGAAUAGAUUAGGCCGCCCGUCUGCUUAUUUGGCAGUUGUCAUGACCAUUUGGGGUGCCAUCUCAACCUGUACUGCUGCCGUUCAAAAUUUUAGUGGAUUGGUUGCUAUUCGUGUCUUGCUUGGUGUGGUUGAGUCUGCAUUCUUUUGCAGUGCGUUGAUGAUCUUGUCUUCAUGGUACGACAAAAAGACUUUGGCUUCGAGGAAUUCGAUCUUGUAUGCUGGUUCAUUGAUCAGUUCUGCCUUUAGUGGGUUGUUAGCAGCAGGUAUUUUGGAAAUGGACGGUUUGGGAGGAGUUGAGGGUUGGAGAUAUUUGUUCAUUAUUGAAGGUGGUAUCACCGUCUUGACUGUGCCAUUUGCUUAUUUCGUCUUACCAGACACUCCACACAAUACCAAGUUUUUAAAUCAACAAGAGAAGGACAUCAUCCAAUGGAAAUUGAAAAGAGAUUUGGGGAAUGUUGAUGACACUGAUGUCGAAGCCAAGGUUAGCGACUGGGAAGGAUUCAAGUUGGCAGUGUUGGACACAAAGAUGUGGAUGCUCUGUGGUAUGCACAGUUUCUUAGUUGCAGCAUGUGGUGUUACCAAUUUCUUCCCUACCAUCGUUGGUACCUUGAACUUUAACCACACCAUCACUUUGUGUUUAACUGCUCCACCAUACGUUGUUGCUGUUGUUGUCACCUAUUUCUGGGCUAGGCAUGCUGACAAAACCGGAGAAAGAACUUUGCAUAUUAUAAUCCCAAUGGUGUUUGCCUUGGUGGCAUUCAUAAUCGCAGUGGCAACAUUGAACACAGGUGCUAGAUAUUUCAGUAUGAUUCUAAUGAUUCCAAGUUUGUAUUCGGCAUUCGUUGUUAUAUUGACGUGGAUUUCAAACUCGUGCCCUAGACCGCCAGCAAAGAGAGCAGUUGCUAUUGCCUUGGUCAAUUGUUUGAGUAACUCAACUUCAAUUUGGAACUCAUACUUAUACCCAUCGAGUGAUGGACCACGUUAUGUCAAGGCUAUGAGUUGUAACAUUGCAUUCAUUGUUUUAGCAAUUCUUUUUGUCAUUAUGUUGAGGGUCAGGUUGGUGGUGUUGAACAGAAAGAUUGAGAAGGGUACCAUGGACUGGCAAAAAGAAUUAGGUAAAGGUAACGAUGGAUCAAAGAUCUCAGCCGACUUUAGAUACUUGUAUUAG